GCCUCCACCUACCACCCCACCAACAACAAAUAAAAGUAAACAAAUCUUCUUGUUGCUUAUUUGUGGUCCUUUUUGGAAGAAAGAAGGAAGCUUCAACUUUGAAUUUGAUGGAGGAAUCAUCCUCGUCCUCCAACAAGACAGCCAAAGUCGAUGCUCCCCUCCAUUCUAUUGGGUUUGAAAUUGAUGAAUUAACCCCGCAUAGAGUCACAGGCCGCCUUAGAGUUCACGAAAAGACAUGCCAGCCGUUCAAGGUGUUACACGGUGGUGUGUCGGCGUUGAUAGCGGAGUCGUUGGCUAGCAUAGGGGCCCACAUGGCAUCUGGUUUCAGUAGAGUGGCUGGUAUUCACCUUAGCAUUAAUCAUUUGAAACGUGCUGAGCUUGGUGAUCUUGUUUAUGCUGAGGCUUCCCCCAUCAAUGUUGGAAAGACCAUUCAGGUAUGGGAGGUUCGACUCUGGAAAAUUGAUCCUUCAAACUCAGACAUAAAGUCUAUGGUUUCUUCCUCUAGAGUUACUCUUGUAGCCAACAUGCCUGUACCUGAUAAUGCCAAAGAUGCUGGAGAUAUUCUCAAAAUGGUUGCUAAAUUGUGAAGCAGGCUAUUCUCUUCUCUUAUUACUUGAGUGGAUCAUUAUGCUUGACACUUGUUUGGAAAGUAAUAUAUCAUUAUGCUCAUCUCGUUUCUGAGUUACCAAUCUCAA